UAUGGUUGUAUAGCUAGCCGCUAGUGUUAAUAUUUCUUACUAACUAUAAAGGUGCUGUUGAGAAAGCGCAGAAUGAGAUUCUUUUUAAUUAAGAGUAAUUGAGUGGUAAAUGAUAAGAAUGUUUUCGCAGUCACUUUCAACGUAUCUGUUCUAACAGAAUAAGUGAGUGAAGGAAAAAUGGGGCGCUCAUCCAAAGACAAACGCGAUAUAUACUACAGGCUGGCGAAGGAGGAGGGCUGGAGAGCGAGAAGUGCCUUCAAACUCCUGCAGCUGGAUGAGGAGUUCAACCUUUUUAAAGGUGUUAGUCGUGCUGUGGAUCUGUGUGCGGCACCUGGCAGCUGGAGUCAAGUUCUGAGCCGCAAACUCCGUGGAAAAGACAAGAGUGAAGAGGUCAAGAUUGUGGCAGUUGACCUUCAAGCAAUGGCCCCUUUGCCAGGUGUCACACAAAUUCAAGGAGACAUCACCAAGAUUUCUACAGCGCAGGAGAUUAUUCGACAUUUUGAAGGACAGUCAGCAGACUUGGUUGUGUGUGACGGCGCCCCUGAUGUUACAGGUCUUCAUGAUGUAGAUGAAUACAUUCAGGCACAGCUCCUUUUGGCGGCUCUCAAUAUCACCACACAUGUUCUCAAACCAGGUGGCAACUUUGUUGCGAAAAUCUUCAGGGGAAAAGAUGUGACGCUGCUGUACUCCCAGCUCAAGAUCUUCUUCAGCUCUGUAACCUGUGCCAAACCACGCAGCAGCCGCAACUCUAGCAUAGAGGCAUUUGUGGUGUGUCAGAAUUACUCUCCACCUGAAGGCUAUGUCCCCAACAUGUCCAACCCUUUACUGGAUCACUCUUAUGAUGUCGACUUCAACCAGCUAGAGGGGCCAAACCGAAUAAUAGUUCCUUUCCUUGCUUGUGGAGAUCUUAGUGCCUUUGAUUCAGACAGAACGUACCCGCUUCAGCUUGAUUCUAGUAAAGAGUACCAGUAUUUACCACCCACCCAACCUCCAAUUCGGCCACCGUACCAGCAAGCCUGUCAGCUCCGCAAGAAUAACUUGUUAGCCAAAGAGGACUCGCCUUCUGGCGCACUUGAUGAUUCCUUGUCUGCUUUAGAUCUCAACAAAAGUCCAGACACGAACACGGUCACACCAGGAACCUCUGAUUAAUGGACAUUACUGAUUUGUACAGCUUCUGUUAAAAUCGUUUCAUUGUUUUAUCAUGAUUGAUCAACAUUUAUUUUUAGAGAUACUCUCAGAAAAAAUGUGACGUGUUACGUCUUUGUACCUUAUUUUAAAGUCGUCCCUAUUAAGGGUACUAUUAAGAGUGACAAGCUUUCAUACCUGUAAAGGUACAAUUUCUGCACAUUUUGUUGAAAGUGUUGGUUGAUUAUAAUAUAGUUGAUCUUUUAUGCAUUUAAUUGUUUCUAUAACUUUUAUUACACUCAGAAUUAGCAAAGAUUCUUCUCUGUGAUUGGUCCUUUGUAUGAAUCACAGAAACUACCUGAUUGAAUUUGAACUUUUAAAGGCACAAUAUGUAAGAUUUUUUUAUUAAAAUAUCCAAAAACCACUAGAACAGUGUUAUACAUUUUGCUGACUUAUGUACUUUAUCCAAAAUGUUUCGAAGAAUGUUUAAAUCCA